CGCAGCUUCAUCAAAACACAUCAAAAAAACAAAGGCAGCCUAGCGAAGCUAUUUGUAAUCCAGCAUUUUGCGCUUCACCUGGCCCAGACAAUAUCUUUUGCGUUAUCGAAAUACACGAAACAUACGAGAACAAUAGGCUUGUCAGCCUGACCUGCCGUCACCAUGUCGACAGUCGCCGAUGACCUGCUCAACGAUUUUGGAAGCUCAGGAGACGAGGCGGAGGAGCUGGAGAAUGAGGGCCUCGUGCUCACCGAAAAGACGACAAAUGGCGAUCGCGACGCUAUGGAUGUCGACGACGACGAAAAUGAAGAAGCGUCCGACGACGAGGGAGCCGCUGCGAUGAAUGAUAUGGAGGAUACAGAGGCCACCAAAGCAAAGGUCGAGAAGAUGCAGCUUGGUGCCGUGAAAGAUGUUCGCAGUGUCGCCAGUUUGAUGCAGACGCUGGAGCCUAUCCUUGAGAAAAUCACCUAUUACAAGUCACAGCCUACCUCGCAGCAAACCAACGUCGGCAAUAUCGAAGACCAUCCCGAGUAUCACCUGUUGACACAAUCAAAUAGCCUCUCGACCAUGAUAGACGGCGAGGUCGCGCUGGUUCACAAAUUCAUCCGCGACCAUUAUUCGACUAGGUUCCCCGAACUGGAACGGCUCGUUACGACCCCAUUAGAAUAUGCCAAGGUUGUAGCUAUCAUUGGGAAUGGCCCCAUGGAUGCGGAGAACAUUAAAGCGCUUCAGACCUCGACAGAGAACCCUCUUGGCGUUGGGCUCAAAGCCGUCCUCGACGGUCCCUCGCUGAUGAUUGUCACGGUGGAAGCUACAACAUCGAAAGGUCAUGAAAUGGUGCCUGAGGAGCUUCAGCGAGUGCGCCAAGCCUGCGAGAUGAUGAUUGCCCUGCACAAGGCAAAACAGACGCUUACAGAAUACGUGCAAUCGCGCAUGAAUAUCUUUGCACCCAAUCUGACGAUCCUUAUUGGAUCACUUACGGCGGCGCAACUCCUCAACGCUGCCGGAGGUCUAACAGGCCUGUCCAAGACGCCUGCAUGCAAUAUCCCUUCUUGGGGCUCCAAGAAACGACAAGCCGGUCUUGCAACGAAUAUUGGAAUUCGCCAGCAAGGAUAUCUCUACAAUUCAGACAUCAUCCGGGGCAUUCCCAACGACCUAAAGAAGCAAGCGAUGAGAAUCGUGGCGGCUAAACUAGUCUUGGCAGCACGAGUCGACCGCAUUCAUUCAAGUGCUGAUGGUUCAACAGGAGAGCAGUUGAAGUCUGCCUGCUUAGAAAGAUUGGAGAAACUCACAGAGCCACCGCCUAACAAAGGACAGCGAGCACUGCCUGUACCAGAUGACAAGCCCGCCCGAAAGCGAGGUGGUCGCCGGGCCAGGAAAGCCAAGGAAGCCCUCGCCAUGACUGAACUACGCAAAGCCCAAAACCGCAUGGCGUUUGGCAAAGAGGAGAAAGAAGUUGGCUACGGCAUGGGCGAAGGCACUGUGGGCAUGGGCAUGAUCGGUCAAUCCAACGACGGGCGCAUCCGAGGCAUGCAAGUCGACCAACGAACACGAGCCAAAAUCGGCGUCAAAAGCAAAGGCUGGGGCGGAGCCAGUACACUGGGCGGCGGCACGGCAUCGUCAAUCGGAGGCUUCGGCAUGGCUCCUGGUAUGGAUCUUCGAGGCAAAGGACUGCGGUCUUCAGGGGUGGGAACGACUGUUGGCUCUGCGACUGGUACCCAAUCUUCACUGGCCUUUACUCCCGUUCAGGGAUUGGAGCUUGUUGACCCCAAGGUCCGAGCCGACCUCAAUAAGAAACGCAAGGCCGAAGAAGACCGAUGGUUCAAGGGCGGCAGCUUCACGCAAGUUGGCAACGGCGGAGGAGGCGGGUUCAAAGUGCCAGAAUUGCCGGCCUCUAAGCGGGUCGAUACCGGCGCGACGAAGAUGGGGCCGCCUCCGGUCCCGAACCGAAAAUGAAAAUGAUAUGGGAGAGAGAGUGAGCGCGAGAGAAGUGGAGUGGAAUUGGCUGUUUAUAUCUUCUCAUCUCGGAGGCAGAUAAAGAGAGAAGAUUGAGAUGGCUGGUUCUAUAUACCUAAGCCUAUUUCCCACCCUGCUUUGCUCUGAUUUGAUCAUCUUAUGGAGAUUGAUUACUUUUACUAUUAUAUUUAAGUGUGGUCUUUAGGGAGGGGGUUUUUGUCAUCACUACGGCGUUUUUAUCAGCCUACUACUAAUGCAUAGGCUUGCUCAAAGAAAUGUAUAUAUACAGAUAGAUGCCUGCAUUACAAAUUUGACUUGUGUAUUUGCUG